CCCCCCCCCCUUUUUUUUUUUUUCACGGCUUCCCCAUCUAUAAAAGAAGGUUUUAUUCUUGGGCCUCCCCUGUCUCACGCCGAACUCUGCCAUGCUGUCUAGACAUGCUGCCGUAGGUCUAAGUCCAGCUGUCACCAUGGGGAUGGACUCGGGAUCGCUGUGAAUUUUUGGGGGGAGAGAGAGAGAGAGAAAGGAGGAGAGAGAGAGAGAGAGACAGAAGAAGAGGAAGAAGAAGAAGAAGAAGAAGAAAAAGGGUGGGUGGGCUUUUUUUUUUUACCCUGAGCCCUUUGGGGGUCUGGAAAAGGGGGACCCCUGCUUCCUGCCCCCCUCCCAAGGCCAUUGGUUCCUGCCCUGCUGUCCCCACUCUCUCCACCCCACCUCCACCCCCCAUUUCUGGCACCCCUCGUUUUUUGUUUUUUGCUCUUCUCCAGGAGCAGGAGCAUAAGAGAGAGACCUGGCCUCCGCAUCUGUCACCUAACCCCUGGCCGAGCUAUUUAAAGCCAGGGGCCUUGCUGGAUUUUGUCUCAACCUAUUUAUGCAUCGCUUGGACUUGGCAAGGGGGUCUCCGGAAGAAUAACUCUCACCCCCCCCUCCCCUCCUACCUCCCAUCCCUCCAGGCUUGGGAACAAUCGGAAGAGACAGAGAGAGAGAGAGAGAGAGAGAGAGAAAAGCUAUUCCGUAGCAGCAGCAGUUGUCCGUCGGCUGCCCUCCUUCCUUGCUUGGGCUGGUCUGGGAAAACAGUCUCCCGAGUGACCCCCGCCGGGUGGGGGAUCCGAGAGCAUGAAGGCCCCCCAAGUGCUCCUGAUCUGCUCUUCUUUGGCGUUGCUGCUUCAACCGGGCUUUUCCCAGCCCUACCUUCGGCUCCGCCCUUCCCCAAGCGACAACCUGCCCAUCAAGGAUAUUAUCGAGCAUCCUGAUCCCGAAUAUGACCCCAAGGAGCAAGAUUUGGACGACCGGACUUUACGUAAGAAACUGGGGAGCCAUUUCGACCCCAACUUCAUGUCGGUGGCAGCGCCGGCUCAAGGGAAUCUCUCCAGCUUGGAGCCUUUGCAGAAGUUCAAAGGUCAAGGCGCUUUGCCCGGCGAGCUGAAAAAGCUGGACCUUGCCGAGACGCCUUAUAGGACCAAGGUCAAGAUAGGUAAAAAAGCCCGACGGAAAUUUCUCCAGUGGCUUUGGGCUUACACCUACUGUCCGGUGAUGUACACCUGGAAGGACCUAGGCAGUCGGUUUUGGCCUCGGUACAUCAAGGAAGGGAACUGCAUGGCCGAGCGGUCGUGUUCCUUCCCGGAGGGCAUGUCCUGCAAACCGAUCAAAUCGGUCACCAAGACCUUCUUGAGAUGGUACUGCCAAGGAUGGUCCAAGCAAAAAUAUUGCACGUGGAUCCCCGUUCAGUAUCCGGUGAUUUCAGAGUGCAAGUGCUCCUGUUAAUUAUGGGAGGUGUGAAAGGGGGGGAGGAGAGAGGUGGAGGACUUAUGGAGGUGGGGAACGUGCCCUCCCCUCCCCCGGCUCCUGGAUGGAUGCAGCAUGAUGGAUGGAGAUGGGGCUUUAGGUCCGGGAGAGCCUCAGCUGAAAGGCACGCUAAUGGCUUUGAGAUUGGGGAGGGGAAAGGAGGAGAGGAGGACGUGAGGUUGCACUCGAUCCUACACCGGGGGAUCCAUCCGGAAGGCUGAAGCAUCGGGAGAAGGUGGCUAGGAACUCAAGCCACCUGGGUGAACGGACUUGACAGGUGCCAAUCAUCCUCCAACCCCCAAGUGAAGCUUGAAGGGUUGAGAGAGUCUUGCCUUGACAAAGAGACCUACAGACACCACCGGUGUUUGCAAGACACUUCGCUCCAUCGUUUCUCUAUCCUCUUCCCCGUACCGCUUGCACUGUUGUUGUUUUUUUUCCCCUGCCUCGCUCCCUGCUUCUCUCUCUCCCUCCCUCCUUCCCUCCCCCUUCUCUCUCUUUUUAAUUAUUUUAUUUUAUUUGAACAUGGGGAAAAGAAACCCCAGAGGAACUGCAGUGCAGGCCACGAGGAAAAAAAAUAAAGACAGAGAGAGAGAAAGCUAAGCACUACAUGGAGAUGUCUAUUUUUAUACGUAUAUAGCGUUCUAACAAAAUUUAAAACUGCCACCCCCCAACCCCCAUGUAAAUAUAGAGAGUUUUAAAGGAGGAGGGAAUUCUGUUGUGGUUUUUGUUGUUUUUGUGCGUGUGUUUUUUUUUUAAAUCAAUAAUAAGAAAAUAACAAUGCAGGACCACAAAUUGAAGCUUCAACCAUUUUGAAACUGCAGUUUCCUUUGUCAUAUAAGAAAGAGAAGAUAUUUUCCUAUAAUGCUGGUUUAUAACGCCCGAUCCUUUAAACGCCUUUAAAAAUGCCCUUGUGUCUGAUUUCCUGCACUCCUGAUUGUUCGUUUUGCCUGUUCCAAAACUUGUUACCGAUCUUCAGACAAAUUUUCAGAGUUGGCUAAAGCUCUGAGUUUUCUUUCUUUUUUUUUUUUUAAUGUAUAUUGAGUAAGGAUAUUUUGUUUUUAAGUAUAUGUUGUUAUGAAAGAGUGAUUUUUUUGGUGGGGGGGGAUACAUAUAGUAAUGUAGAGAUGUUAAAAGAACUUUCUCAUGUACAGUUUAUUUAUUUUUAAUGUUUGUGUAUAGAAGGGCGGGGAGGGAAAGCUAGAGAUAUUGAAAAUGUUUACUUGAAUACUCUUUGAACAACACAUUGGUGUACAUAUGACUGAGCAAAACAUUUUUAGCAAUAAACUCUAUCUUUGAAGAAAGUC